UACCGUCAAUGGUAGUAGCACGCAGAUACAAAGUAGAUUGGCAGCAUGGCGCAGUAACUUCCGGCAGUGGUAAAGAACGAUACGUCGCGAGGCAGGAUCGCGUGCUCACAUCGUUGCACAAAAUGUCGAUCCCCUUCAGCGGCUGUCGCUCGCGUUCCGCCGGCGUGAUCAGUGCCAUCAUAAAGCAACUGAAGGGCGUCAACUUAAAGCCAGUCAAAAGGAUCGAUGUCCGUUUCGACCCGUUCCAUGAGAAUGUCAAGUCUACGAGAGAUUUUCUAUUUUACUUUAGCAGCCCGAAAAUCAGAGCGACAAAUCCGUAUUGUUCGCUGAAAACGGAGAUUGUGUGCGAUCGUUCCGAUCCGAACGUCACGUUUAGCCUUCAGUCAGAUGAAAAAGUGGUAUUAAAAACGAGUCUUUUGACGUGUCUGAGUAUUUUGGAGCUUUACAACAAACACAUCACCCCUUUAGUACCGCCCGAACCGAUCAAGCUCGAGGAGAAAAACGUGCUUCAGAAAAAGAAGAAAAAGCGGGGACGAAAGAUAAAAGAAGGAGCCAAACGUAGAAUAGUAGUUUUAUAAGCUCAUUGGCGACCUGUCUAACUGUUUGUGACUGGGUUUCUCACGACUAGAUCUUAGCAGUCUAAUAAAAAGUGUAGUUCGAACUGUAUUAAUUUAAUUAGCACAGCUGAGAUAACUCAGCUCAUCGACGUACACACGAUUUAAGUCCAACCGUAAAAACGAGAAACGCACAGACGCAACACGUGCGUCUGCUACUCUGUCAAAAUUGAGGAAGAAGAA